GGUGGAAUAUUUCCCUCUACUGGGAAACUCACUCUUGUAAGGCUUUCUAGUGAGUGGCUAAGGCCUGUCCACAUUAUUAAGGAUGAUCUGCUUUUUCCAAAGUUUACUGAUUUAAGUUUUAAUCAUGCAUAAAAUUACCAUCACAGCGAUAGCUAGGUCACUGACCAGACAUCUGGGUUCCAUGGCAUAGUCGAACUGACACAUAAUGCUAACUGUCAUAGUAAUUAAAGUGUUAAUUUUUCCUACUUUCUUAAUGAGAAUAAAGUGAAGUGACUUGACCAAGUGUGUUCUUUAAAUGUAUCGAUUCACAAAAAGGUCUUCACUGGACGUUAAUGAAGUCAUGUGGACAACAAAAGAACCUGAGAUUAACUAGAAUUGAUUUGACAUAGAUUCCUUAACAACUUACAUUUUCCUAGAACAAAAUUUAUACUUAAUGUUAGUAUCAGGUCAUAUCUCCUCAAGUAACCAUACAUUUAUAUUACCUAGAAUAAGUAUUUUUCUUGUAUGCAAAACAUGCAGGAUGAAUGUCUCACCUUUGAGGGACAAAUCUGGGGAGGUAUUAAUGUACGCUCUAGUGGACGUCACGCUUAGUGACUGCUUGAAGUGACACUGGAAAAGUUAGGCUUAAUUCUUCUUUUCCUGGUCAGAAAGAAGGAGAAAGCAUUUGAAAGGAUAAAUCAGAAUUUUCAGAGAAAGGAAAAUCUUUAAAAAUAGCCCAAAGGACCAAUAUUACAAUGAUAUAAUUAUUCACACAGAAGACUAGUUACCUAAAUCAGAGUGAGUUACUUAUUUAAACUAUUUCACUGUUUGUGUUUUAUCUCUUGAAGGAAUUACAAGAAGAGUGAAUGAAAGAACAUAAUACCAUUCUAUGAAUUAGCCAGAUCAUUUCUGGACACUGAGAACAUCGGUAGUGACAGCACCCUUUAUUGACACUCCUUCCCAUCCUUUGUUGGGUCUGCACCUGGCUACACUGUGACACGGCACUGAACAAGAUUCUUUUCCAGAUCCUCUGGAACACUCAUUAGAUGGGAGCUCUAAACCAAACAAGAGUGACUGAGUUUGUCUUCCUGGGCCUCACUGACAACUGGGUGUUGGAGAUUCUGCUUUUCAUACCAUUUACCAUCACUUACGUGCUAACUCUUUUGGGGAACAUUAUCAUUGUUGUUACCAUAGUCUUUAGUCCACGUCUACACACUCCCAUGUACUUCUUCCUGAGCAAUCUGUCCUUCAUUGAUAUCUGCCACUCAUCUGUCACCGUGCCCAAGAUGCUGGAGGGUUUGCUUUUGGAGAGGAAGACCAUUUCCUUUGACAACUGCAUCGCACAGCUCUUCUUCCUACAUCUUUUUGCUUGUGCCGAGAUAUUUCUGCUGACAAUUAUGGCGUAUGACCGUUAUGUGGCUAUCUGCAUUCCUUUGCACUACCCCACUGUGAUGAACAUGAAGGUCUGUGUACAGCUUGUCUUUGCACUGUGGGUGGGGGGCACCAUUCAUUCACUUGUGCAGACCUUCUUGACUAUUCGUCUACCCUACUGUGGCCCGAACAUUAUCGACAGCUACUUCUGUGAUGUCCCUCCUGUCAUCAAGCUGGCCUGCACAGAUACAUACCUCACAGGGAUUCUGAUUGUGUCCAAUAGUGGAACCAUCUCCCUCACCUGUUUCCUAGCCUUGGUCACUUCCUACACAGUAAUCCUGUUUUCUCUUCGAAAACAGUCAGCAGAAGGUCGUCGGAAAGCCCUGUCCACCUGCUCCUCCCACUUCAUGGUGGUUGCCCUGUUCUUUGGGCCAUGUAUCUUCAUCUACACUCGGCCAGACACCAGCUUCUCCAUUGACAAGGUGGUAUCUGUCUUCUACACAGUGGUCACCCCUUUGUUGAAUCCUCUCAUUUACACCUUGAGGAAUGAGGAGGUGAAGAAUGCCAUGAAGCAUCUCAGGCAGAGACAAAUUUGCUCAUGAAAUCAUUGUGAUGACAGCAACAGUCGUGGCUGCAUCCUUAAUGUGGAAGUAACAAGUGGCUCUUAAGCACUGAGCCGUCUCUCCAGCCCGGAACAUUUAUUUUCUUAAUAAAAUACUCCAAUCAAAAGCUAAACAUUUUGAUAAAAUUGAUUCUAACUUUUUUAUUUUUGUGGUUGACCCUUUCACACUGGAAUCUGUCUACCUCAAAGUCUCAAAGAUUUUUGACUGUUUUACUUUACACAUUUUACAGUUUUAUCUUUAAAUUCUAGGUGUAUGAUCUCUUUGGGGUUUAGUUUUUGUAUGAAAUAAGUAUGUUUGAGAUUAUUUUAUUCAUCCAUUGACUUGAAUUGGCACAAUUUGAGAUGACUGUUUCAUUAUUAAAUGACUUCUACUGA